AUGAGGUGGUCAGUGUUGACGGUUGUUGUAACAACUGCCCUUCUUGUGCAGGGAAAUGGAAAUAAUGCGGUUAGUGUUUUAUAUUAUCUUGGUCCUAUUGAUGAAAAAUCCGGUGGUAGAAACGGUGUAGAAAAAUUAAGUAACGAUAUCGAUAGUAGUAGUAGUAUUGGUUCUCAAACGGGUAAUUUACUUCUAAAACCCAUCCCCGAAGAUGAAGCCAUUAACGAUGGCGUUUACUUCAGACCGGUCAAUGGAGAAGUCCUUAAAGGUUCAGAAUCGAAACCUACUAUUUCCUAUAACCGCCAUGUAUUCAUUACAGGUGGUAAAGGCGGUGGCCUAGGUGGUGGAGCUGGAGGAGGCGGAUUUGGCGGAGGAGGAGCCGGAAGUGGCGGAGGAGGAGCAGGAAGUGGCGGAUUUGGAGGUAGUGGCGGACAUGGAAGUGGUUUAUUUGGAGGUAGUAGCGGUGGGGGAUUAGGAGGUGGACAUGGAGGCGGCGGUGGCCUCGGAGGAGGCGAUGGAGGUUUUGGUGGUGGCAGUAGUGGCGGUGGAGGAUUUGGAGGCGGUGGUAGUAGUGGCGGUGGAUUUGGCGGCGGUAGUAGCGGCGGAGGAAGUUAUGGUGGCUCUGGUGGUUUUGGAGGAAAUGGAGGUGGAUUAGGAGGCGGUGGUGGCCACGGAGGUGGAUUAGGAGGAGGAGGCGGUGGUGGCCAUGGAGGUGGUUUAGGCGGUGGAUUGGGCGGGGGUGGAUCAGGAGGAGGUGGAUUCGGCGGUAGUGGAGGAGGUGGUAACGGUGGCGGACUAGGAGGUGGCCAUGGAGGAGGUGGCGGCCUUGGAGGCGGUGGCGGCCUUGGAGGAGGUGGCGGUCUUGGUGGAGGACUAGGAGGUGGCAAUGGAGGCGGUGGUGGUCAUGGAGGUGGUAAUGGCGGAGGAUUAGGAGGAGGUCUAGGAGGAGGUGGAGGAGGUGGCGGCGGUCUUGGAGGCGGAGGAGGUCUUGGAGGCGGUGGUUAUGGCAGUCAUGGGGGUGGCGGUCAUGGAGGUGGCGGCCAUGGAGGUUAUGGUGGCGGAGGAAAAGGAGGAGCGUAUGCCUCAAGCUCUGCUCAAGCAUCAGCUAGUGCCGGAAGCUAUGGAAGAAAAUGAAAUCAAGUCAUCCCUAAAACUCGAAACGUGAUAUAGUUAGUUAAGUUGUAUAUAAUAAUUUGUAUUUCACAUUUUUCUAAGUUUUAAAAUAAAUAAAGAAUCCCCAAAGUAUAUGUCUAUGUCACGAAUGUGUGCUUGUUACUCAGUAUAAAAUGUUAUGAUUUUUUUUCUUUUAAUGAAAAAUAAAGUUCGUAUAAACCCGA